UACGUAGAAGCAACUCUCUCUCCUUUUUAUAGACUCUCCAAAUCCAUGAAUGUCUAUAAAUACCUUCAAAAACAUGUUUCAAGAACCAUAAAAACACAAGCCACUAUACAUUUUGAUUAUUAUAAGCAUACAUUCUUAGUUAGAUUCACAACAAAAUGGCCAGUACCAAAGACAGCUCCAAGUCCAAGAAAUCAAUGAAAGACAAGACAUUCACAGGAUUUGGUAACCUCAUCAAGCUCCUUCCUACAGGAACUGUCUUCAUAUUCCAGUUUCUUAAUCCUGUCUUGACCAACAAUGGCCAUUGCCACACUAUUAACAAGUACUUGAGCGGUAUACUCAUUGGCCUUUGUGGGUUUUCUUGUGCUUUCUCUUCUUUCACUGAUAGUUAUGUUGGCAGUGACGGAUUGAUUCAUUAUGGGGUUGCGACAGUGAAAGGAAUAUGGCCAAGUGCAAAUGCCGGGUCAUCGGUUGACUUGUCCCCUUACAAGCUUCAAUUUGGAGACUUUGUUCACUCUUUCUUUUCAUUGAUUGUGUUUGCUGUGCUGUCUCUUUUGGAUUCUAAUACAGUAGACUGUUUUUACCCUUCUUUUGAGUCUACUGAGAAGACUCUCCUCAUGGUUUUACCUCCAGUUAUUGGUGCUAUUUCAGGCACUGUUUUCAUGGUCUUCCCUAACAAGCGCCAUGGAGUUGGAUACCCUUCUAGUGACUCUCCUUCUUCUUCAUCAGAGGGCUCCUAGUCUAUGCUUGUUAUAUUUGUAUUCUGUUAUUUGACAAAGUUUGAAGAGUUUGUUUUUAUUAUUGUUAUUAUUUUUCUGGUGUACAAUGUUUUGAAGAAUGUUUGCUUUCUUCUAAUGUGUUUUAAUUGACUCAAAAAAACUAGAAAGAAGAAUGAAUAUUAUUAUUCUUGAAUA